CUGAGCUCCGGCUUGAUCUGUGCGAAGCGGACGGUUUCUCCUUGGACGGGAAAUGGGUCAGAGAGAGAGGAGGAGAGCGGUUUGAAUUAGUAUAAACCUCAGUUUAGAGCGUUCACUCAGGAUCAGGAGUGAUUUAUAAACCUGGCAGAGAGAUCCGGAGCGGAACAUGAAGCGCGAUGUGCGGAUCCUGCUGCUGGGGGAGCCCAAGGUGGGGAAGACCUCUCUCAUCAUGUCUCUGGUAGGAGAGGAGUUUCCUGAUGUGGUUCCCCUGCGAGCUGAAGAGAUCACCAUACCUGCUGAUGUCACGCCUGAGAAAGUGCCCACACAUAUAGUAGACUACUCUGAGACUGAGCAGUCUGAUGAAGUGCUUAGACAAGAGAUUGUUAAGGCUAAUGUGGUUUGUGUGGUGUAUGACGUAACGCAAGAGGAAACCAUCGACAAGAUCAGGACUAAAUGGAUCCCGCUUGUGAACGGUGGUGCAGAAAAAGGCAGCAAGAUUCCCAUCAUCCUUGUGGGCAACAAGUCCGACCUGCGCUCUGGCAGCUCCAUGGAAACCAUCCUGCCGAUCAUGAACCAGUUCUCUGAGAUUGAGACCUGCGUGGAGUGCUCUGCUAAAAACCUGAAGAACAUUUCUGAGCUGUUCUACUACGCACAGAAAGCUGUCCUGCACCCUACUGCACCUCUUUAUGAUCCUGAGGACAAACAGCUGAAACCCCAGUGUGUUCGUGCCCUCAGUCGGAUCUUCAGCAUAUCUGAUCAAGACAACGAUCGAAUUCUCAGUGAUGCUGAGCUCAAUUACUUCCAGAAAUCCUGUUUCGGGAACCCGUUAGCCCCUCAGGCUCUGGAGGAUGUAAAAACAGUAGUGUGGAAAAACACCAGUGAUGGAGUGCAGGACAACGGCCUGACGCUUAACGGUUUCCUGUUUCUCAACACACUUUUUAUCCAGAGAGGACGUCAUGAGACUACGUGGACCAUCCUUCGCAAGUUUGGUUAUGACGAUACACUUGAACUUACAGAUGACUACCUCUAUCCACAGUUACGAGUGCCUGUCGGUUGUACGACAGAGCUGAAUCAUCUCGGAUAUCAGUUCCUUCUGAGACUUUUCGAAAAGUAUGAUGAGGAUAAAGACUCUGCUCUCUCUCCAGCGGAACUGAGGAAUCUGUUUGGCGUGUUUCCCUACAUGCCCUGGAGCGAGUCUGUGUACAGCAGUGUCCACACCACAGAGGAGACGUACAUCUCUCAGCGAGGCUACCUCUGCCAGUGGACGUUGUCUGCGUACCUGGAUAUACACAGGUGUCUGGAAUACCUGGGCUACCUGGGUUACCCCAUUCUAAUGGAGCAGGACUCUCAGACGUCUGCAGUUACAGUAACAAGAGAAAAAGCUGUAGAUCUGGAAAAGGGGCAGACACAGCGCUCUGUGUUUCUCUGCAAGGUGAUUGGUCCCCGUGGGACAGGAAAGACCGCCUUCCUACAAGCCUUCCUGGGCCGGAGUUUUGUGAGUGACGAGCGCAAUCCCAGUGCCUUCUCUCUCUACACCAUAAACACUGUCACUGUUGCCAACCAGGAGAAGUAUCUCAUCCUGGAGGAAGUCGAUGUGGAAACAGAGUUCCUGAAGGCGGCGGAUGCAGCGUGUGAUGUUGCCUGUCUGAUGUAUGAUGUCAGCGACCCAGACUCCUUUAACUACUGUGCUAGUAUUUAUAAGCAGCACUACAUGGAUCGCGGGGUGCCGUGUGUGGUUGUAGGCUCCAAGAUCGACCUGCCAGAAGUGAAGCAACACCACGGCAUGAGCCCCGCUGAAUUUUGCUACAAACACAGGCUCCCUGCUCCACUGCGCUUCUCCACAGUGCACACACAGAGCAACACGCACAUCUACACCAAGCUGGCCUGGGCUGCUAUGUAUCCGCACCUGAAUGGUUCAGACAUGAGCAGCACUUCUUUCUGGCUUCGUGUGACUCUUGGGGCUGCAAUCGCGACUGUGCUGGGCUUUGCCUUCUACAGAGCUUUCUUCAGACACAAAUAACACACACACACACGCUCCAGCGACAUUCUUUGAUCAUCUCAUUCUCUUCAGUUGUUGGCCCUCCCUCUGUUCUUUCUCUGUCUGUCUCUCUCUAUCACACACACACACACACAUAAACACACAGUCUGUCUGCCUUAUUGUGUCAUUUAAGGACAGGCGUCCCCAGGAGACGUGGAGGUAAGCGUCAGAGUGGAAGCCCAGUCUCUGUGGCUGUGGUCACCAGGACGUGGGACAGCUCUGUACCGCUCCAGUGGGACAAAUCCUGUUAUAUAUCCUGAUGUAGCUGCAAACUUCAUGCUGGAGUAGAAAGCUGAGUUCAUGAUCACCAUUUAUGGUGGAUGUUUGACCUGAUGUUUUGCCAAAUUGAGCUGCUUUGCUUAAGAUGAGGCCUCCGCGCACCUGACAGUGUCAAUAAUGGAGAGAAAGAGAGAGAGGUGGAGAAUGUGUGUAUGAAAGAGUGUAUGAGUGUGAAUGAGGGAGAGCUGCUGCUGCUGCAGAUGUAUUGAAUUAUUUUAUUUAGGUAGACUCUUUUCCUGAUUGCCAAUUCAAGCAAGCUGUUUUUUGCAUAAUAAUGAUGACUGACAGCGAAGAAGACUUUCCGUUGUAUUUUAUUUUAUUUUUUUCCAGAAAAGCUGGUUUUGGACCAUCUGCACUUAUAUUUACACCUUCAUACAGUGAUUUGGCCCCUUAUGAGAGACCAAGCCAUCUUUUAUAACAAGUCAGAUAAAAAUCAACAAAAGCAUUGAGUGAUUGGAUUUUUUAAAGGGAAUUCCACCAGGCUUUCAAAAUAACUGCUUAAUUUGAGGUUUGAUGUGAAACAAUAUUCCGUUGUUUUAAAUAGAUUUACCCAGAGUUAGUGAUAAUAGGAUUUGAUGAUCUCAAUGUCUUCUGCACCCAUGUAAAGCAAAUACAAAAAUUAAGGUACAAAUUUGUGUUUGGAAGCUUAUUUCUUUGUGCUUUAUGUCAGUAUAUCUUAAACCCUUGCAAAGCCUGUUUUUUUUUUAUUAUUUAUGCUGCCACAUUUGUAAGGAAUUUGCAAUUGUGAGAUGAGCAGUUACACCCAUGAAAAAAAUUGCCAAAUUAUUUACUUGCAGUGCCAAACUGCUUAUUUUGCUGUUGCUACUGACACUUGUUUAGAGCUUGAUUGUAACCUGAUUGGCAGCACCUGAGAGCCUGAUUCCUGCUACAGUGGUCAGUUUUUUUUUUUUAUUAUUUAUUAUUAUUUUAUAAUUUUAUUUAAAAAUUUUCCCCAUUUUCUCCCCAAUAUACACCGCCAAUUACCCAACCCACUCAUUAGGACUCCCUCUAUUACUAGUGAUGCCCCAACACACCAGGAGGAUGUGAACCAGUAUCUCCAAAUUGAAGGCCAAAUUCCAUAUAAUGAGGGUUGUAAAGACAGGCCGUGAAGUGGGCGUCUCAAGAAGAUUCAAACACCAAAUGAGUAGGGCUGCAACAAUUAGUCGAUGUAAUCAAUGUUGAUUAUUUAAAUUUGUCGACUUAUCGUUAAUUUGUAAGCGUAUCGCAUUACACAAUGUGCUGUAGACAAAAGUGCAAUGGAAGAUGGGUAAAAGGAUCACUUAAAUUAUGUAAUCUGUUCUGCUGGCACACUUUUAGAGACAUAAACUGUGAGCAGUUUACACUCAACUUAGUUUAUGUCUCUAAAAGUGUGCCAACAGAACAGAUUACAUAAUUUGCUCACUAAAUUUCAGUAAUUUCCAUGUUUAAACAACAUCUACACCUUUUAAAUGCCUUUUAAAUCCGAUGUUCAGCUGUUACUAUCGUUUUUAGAGAUUGAGGAAAUUAGGGCUGCAACUAAUGAUUAUUUUGGUAGUCGACUAAUCUGACGAUUAUUUUUUCAAUUAGUCAAUUAGCCAACGAUUAUUUCUGCCAUCUCUAAAAACAAUAGAAACAGCUGAACGUGACAUUUAAAUGGCAUUUUAAUAUUUGAACGUUGUUUAAACAGGGAAAGUAGUGAUAUUUAGUGAAUGAAUAUGUAAUUCGUUGUGUUUGGGCACUUUUGGAGACACAGACGUUGAGUGUAACUUGUGUGAGUGAGUCAUUUACCCAUUUUCCAUUGCACUUCUGUCUUCAGCACUUUGUGUAAUGCAGUACUGUUACAAAUUAACGAUUAGUCAAAUAAAAUUUGUAGUCGGCAAAUUUAUAUAAUCGACAUUGUCGAUUAUAUCGACUAAUCAUCGAAAAAUAAUCGGUAAUUGCAGUCCUACAGACAAGUCAAUGGCAGAAUGAGCUGUUAGGCAGUAGCAGAAAGGAUUUAUACCUUUUUUUAAUGGACGCAACCCAUAUAUUCAACUCUGCUGCUCAUCCCACAAACGCAAGUUCCUUACAAAUGUAGCUCCAUUUGAAAGGGAAAUUAACAGGCUUUAUAACAGUAUAAGAUUUAUAGGCAAAAUACAUUAAGUUAUACAACAAAGAAAUAAUCUACCACACACAUUAUCUAUUACAGGUCGUGGUAUGUUUUUAUAUUUACUAUCUAAAAUGUCCGAAUAGUCUAUGGCAGGAGAUGUACUUCCUGUUUGUACGGGCAUUCAUUUAGACAAGUUGCUGCUUGAUGAACAUAACUGCUUGAUGAUAGAGCCUUCCAGUUCUACAGGCUUGCUUUACUUGCCACAACAGCAAGGACACAUCAUGCAGAUGUUGGUAGGUGUUCUUCACUGUGUGUUGCACUGCCUCUAGCGUUCUGUGUGUGCUGCACCUCGCGUAUGUUGCGUUCAUUUCUAAGGAUGAGCACAACCACCACCCCAGCAGGAAUAUCUCUAUCAUAAAGAAAAUACGGAACACUGUUAGGCCAGAGAGAUUCAUCCCUCAGUGCAGAGACACCUGCAACACAAUUCCUUCAGCAGCCUCUAUUGUUACAGUAUUGCUCUGUUGACUGUUGACUGUGUGUGGGGAAAAAUAAAACAGCAUCAUAUUUUGUUUAUUUAAUUGACAUAUUUGCUCUUAAUUUGCAUCCUUUCCGUGAAUGAAAAGGGCUUAUAUUUUAAAAAGAAAUUGUAAGUCACUAUAUCCUCAGAACUUGACGAAAUCCUAUUUAAAUCACCUGUAAAUUGUUUCUAAAAGUUUGUGUGGACCUCAUUUAGAAUGAUCAAGCCCUUUUAACAAAUAAGGAUGUGUUUAAUCCAUCAGGUUCAGGAUAUAUAAAACCCUCUGAAAGUGUUUAAAUCAACUUCUUCACAUUAUUGACUGAGUUAGUUAGUGGUUUGAGUUAGAGUGGUUUGAUGUACAGAUAUGAAUUCCAGUAUAGCUUUUUUUUUAUUAUUAAGAUAUUAAUUUUGUGACUGUGUGGUAAUGAGAUGAAACCAAGUAUCUGCAAUGCCGUUAUAGACAUUUUAUUUUCUCCCAAAUGAUGAGUAAACCUAAUGUGUAUUUUUGAGUUAUGUUUUUAUGUUUUAUGUUGAUUAUGAAAUAAUAGUGAUAAACCUGGAAAAAUAUGGACUACUGUUGAGGGUUAUAAAGCCUUGGACGUGCCUUUUUUCCAUGAAAGUAUUUUUUUCAGCUACAUGUUGUAGUAUCUGUAUCUGAUAACUAACCUAGAGUAAUACAAUGUCUCAGUACUAACUGUGUGUGAUAUGUAGCUUUUUAAGGGUUAAACAGUUCCUAUUGCCUCGGCUAGGGGAAAAACAUCUUUAGUAAAGUUCUGUAGAACUGAUCAUUUUCACAUCAAACCACUCUAAAUUUGAUCACAUCUUAAACUUAAAUUUAAUUGUGCAGAAAAUGUGAAUAAUCGGUGGAAUUCCUCUUUAAAGACUAAGCACAGAAGGUAAUUUUUAAGGUAGCGUACCAGUAAACAAUUUAAGCUGGUUAUACAUGCCGGUAUUGUUCCUCGAAUAAUUCCAUAUCUGACCAUAUCUAUUAUGCAUAUGCCUUUAAGUGUAUGCACAUCAUAUUAAACGGUCCAGCUCCAGUCCCUUGAGUUUUGCCCCUGGGUUGUGGACUUAUACCCCUAUGAUUUUCUUUGAAUUUAAUUGAAAUGCUUCAACGCAAGUAUGUCCUAAAAAAGGUAUUUUGUAAUAAAAGGUUUUUUAAUGUGUAAA